ACUCAGCUCACUGCUUUCGGUGCAAAAAUCUAUAGUGAUGUGUGGUAAUGUUCAUAGGGUGGAAGUAGAGUUCCGCAAAAACGAAAACUUAGAUGUACUGUACUUUGUGGCAAAAACGGAAAGAACCGGCAAAGGCUUUUAAAGUUGACCAUUUAUUCACUCGUAUUUUUUUUUCGUUUUCUUGCUCGCCGGUCUUUCCUUGUUCGUGUUUGGAAUAUAAGCAAUCUGCAGAGCAAAUGAGGUUCGCGGUUUAAAUGCAGAAGGUGCACUUCUACGGUAAAGUCGGCUGGGGCACCGAUGUCAUCGCAGUCUUUUGCUAUUUCACCAAAGGACCCGUUAGUCUGUUCUUUUCUUUUGUUAUAAAAUAAUCCAUAUCUUGUUUUGACCUGAUGUGAACUUUGAAGAGGAUGCUUCUGACUCUCGAUAGCUGAACAUCUGGUGGAGGCUGCCACUUGAGGUCCUACUUAUAAGCUCCUGCGCUUUUUGGGUGAAAUUGAUAGUUAAUGUUUUCUAAUUGUAGCUGAAUGCGCGUAUUUUUAAUUUUCUUUUUAAAAGUUCUUGGUUGAAAAGAAAGCAUAUCGAUUUUUAAGAGCAUACCAAAGCUUAAUACCGAAAUAGGUAUUCAGGGACUUGCCCCUGAGUUUGCUUGAUUUGAUUUUUCUCGUUUAUAUAGCGAGACAACUAGUUUACGUUUUUUCUAAUGAACCCCUGGACUUUGUUCAGACCUAGUAACCUGCUACCCGGCAGUUUAUUACCUUGGAGCAGCGCUGUGCCUGAGGAUCCUAACAAGGAAAAACGACAAGAUCUUUUCUCUUGCUGCUGUUACUGCUACUGCUCCUGCUGUUCCCCAUCCCCUGACAGAACCACACUUCCUAGCUGUGUACAACCAGAAGGUCACCCUGCAGAUAUCUCACGCUAUCUCACUUUGGCGUAACUGGUGCUAAAUUUUGCCUGUGGUGGCCAGAUCUGUCAGUCAAGCACAUCCAUUCAUAGUUGGGCUAUAAGCUGCAUCUGUAAUGGGUAACAGGAGUUCUCUGGGACUUCCAUCAGGAUCUGGACCUCAUCUAGUUGGUUGUGCUGACAUUAUGGCAGACCACACUAGGAAGGGGACAUUUUUCAGACUUUACUACCCAUGCCAGGCUGCAGAGGACAGCGAACAGCCCCUGUGGAUCCCACGGUCUGAAUACUGCAAUGGUCUAGCAGACUAUAUGAACCUCAACAAGAACUGGUUCACUCCACUUCUUAAACUUACUUUUGGUUCAUUUCAAGUCCCAGUCAGAUGGUGUGCUCCUAUUGUUCCUGGAUUAAAAUUUCCACUCCUCAUUUUUUCUCAUGGGUUGGGUGCCUUCCGGACCGUGUAUGCUGCAGUCUGUUUGGAAAUGGCCUCUCAUGGCUUUCUUGUUGCUGCUGUGGAGCACAGGGACUGCUCUGCUAGUAUUACUUACCAUUACAAGGAAGCAUCUUCGUUGAGCACUGAGGAGCCUGUGCUUCCAAACUGCUACCUGCAGGAAGAGUGGAUUAAUUACCGCAAGAUUAAGCAAGAAGAGAAGGAGUUCAAGGUUCGAAACUUGCAGUUACACCAACGUGCUAAUGAGUGUGUGAGAGCUCUUAACCUCGUGAAUAAAAUCAAUGAUGGAAGGAGUAUCGUCAAUGUUAUGAAGUCUGACUUUGAUAUUGAAAGCCUCAAGAAUAGGGUAGACAUGGAGAAGGUUGGGGUCAUAGGACAUUCCUUUGGAGGAGCUACUUCUCUGUUAGCCUUACUCAAAGAUGAUCGCUUCAGGUGUGCCAUCGCUUUGGAUGCUUGGAUGUUCCCCAUUGAAAAUAAUCUGUAUUUUCAAAUGAGAAAACCUGCUUUUUUCAUCAAUACAGAAACCUUUCAGACUACAGACAGUAUUACAAAGAUGAAGAAACUUUUCCAGAAUAAUAAAGAAACCAAGAUGAUUACAAUCCUAGGGACUGUUCAUCAAAGCCACUCUGACUUUACAUUCUUGACUAGUCCGUGGCUGAGCCGCAUUUAUGAAACCAGGGGCAAGCUACAGCCAGAGAGAGCCUUGGAAAUUACAGCCAGGGCAGCAAUGGCAUUCCUCAACAGACAUUUAGAUCUAAAUGAGGAGUUUAAUUCCUGGGACAACCUGGUGGAAGGCAAAGGCACUGAUAUUAUUCCAAAUGCCCCACCUGUACUAAGUAACCUGUAAUGAAAUACCUGGAGCCAGCUCCACCUCCUACCCCAUCAUCAGGCUGCAGUUGUGACAGGUAUUUGGACAUGGAACGGGCAACAGUGCCAGUCCUGUCACACAGCUGAAUCUUUGGUGCAUUAUCCCAAUUUCCAAUGUGCUUCCCAUAGCAGAGGUGACACUGGAAACCUCCCUCUGUUUUUGGUGCUGAAAACAUUUCUCAUGUCAUAUGUUGUGAUGUUGAUUUCAUGUAACAUGUGCCUGUCCAGUAUGUUUUUUAUGAGUAGUCUGUGCUACAAUAACAUUGAUACAAAAGUAAUAUUAUUUUUAUAGAAAACCGUUGGUGAUAAUAAAUAACCUGUUUCUACUGCACCCUCAACAUAUUGUUUUCCACUUUCAGAUUUUCAUUUGUUUUUACUGGUGCACAGACUUCUCGGCUUUUGUCUCUAAAGAAAUCUGAUGUUAUUUAUGAAUCUGAAAUGUACAGGUGAUACAGAAUGCCAAUAUUCUUAAUCAGUGUCAAAGUUUAUCUCUUAAAAAAACAUUGCACUGCAAGCACUUAGAUUCUAUGGCAGCUGUUUAUUAUGGUCCCUUAUUAGGAAAUAUUAUUGCUCCUAAUAAAUGACUCUAUGUAAGGCUGUAUUUUCUUCAGGCUGGCAGUAUGUAGUAGUAAUAUUACUACGAUUCAUUUUGUGAAAAAUAAUGAGCACUGAAUGGUUAGUUCAGAUUUCAUUGUUUAAAAAAGUCUGUUAAUUUAGCCAGAGGUGACUGGCAGCAGGAAAAGAAAUCAGUCACUCGUAUACUAUUUUGUAGAUCUAUUUUAACAGUCCUCAAACCUGCCUCGCCCAAAAUAUUAUUAUUUAAUCAUUAUUACAAAUAGUAGUAUGGGCUGAGGUGCUGAGGGUAAGUAAUUGCAGCUUCUUGUAAAGAUUAUCUGUAAAAUGAAUUAUUCUUGCUCCAGUAUAUACACAGGAAUUUAAUGUUAAGGUAUCGUAAGAAUGUUUUAGGACUAUGAUCUGAAUUGCCUUUUAAAUUUCUUAUCUGCCUGCAUAAAUUGAAGAUUUCAUUUCUGAGACCAUUUGCUACUGUGCGUUAUCAUUUUCUAAUUUAACAGAUUUGCUAGUUUAUCGGACAGUGAUGUCACUUUGACACCAGUCUAGCUUGCAGUUAUUGAGAAAUUCAAAUAUUGUGACUAUCAGAUCAAAAUUAGUCUUGAUGGAACACAUGAUUAAGAUUUAAUAAUUUAUAUUGCCUGCUUUUUAAAUUAAUUGUCUAAAAGAGACUGAUAUAUAUUUAAGUUUGCCUGCCUGCUUGAAUGUUUCUUAAUGCAAAACAAAGCAGUUGUAAAGUAAAUAUGGGUUAUAAGACGGGAGCAUUUAUUUGCACAAGUGGUUAUGCAUUUUGUAACUUAAAUCUGCUGCUUAUGUAAAUAAGAAGCUCAAAUUUUAUUUUUUAACUUGUUAUAUCAGAAGAAUGAUGGAUUAUGUAUGGCUAUUGCAAAAGAAAGGUGCCAAAAUUACAUUGAUAUUUGGGUGGAUCCCUUGCUGUUUCAAGAGUGACCAUAAGAUGGUGCCAAAGCUUGUUUAUAGACAGCCCAACUUGUUACUGAUGGAAAAAAUAUUUUCUGUAUCGUAUACAGUAAAAUUUCUUUCAGAUUAAUUAAUUGGAAAAUGUAUUUUAGAAUUGUAAAGGUUAUUUAUGUAAAAGUUGUCUUUCCCUAAAUGGGAAGGUAAUUUAUGUGUAUUGUAUUAAAUUAUCUUAAAAGAUUUGUCCUUAAGUGAACCUGUGGGGAAAAUUGAAGUAGGGGUGAAGAGAAGGUAUUACACUUCAAGCAGAUUCCAGUUUUCUUGAUAUAUACUUGUUUUUGAGAUGACUGGAAUUGGCUGCCUUAACAUAGACAUCUUUAGAGACAUUGGUUUCAUUGUCAAAGCCAGCAGUUCUGUAACACUUCUGAGACAUUAAAAUAGGAACUUUAAACAG